AUGGACCCGGAGGACGUACGCGCUGCGGGCAGCACGGCCGACAGCAUGGACGAAGACAUGACGACGAGCAGCACGCCCGCCGUCGAAGGCGCACAGACCCCGCUCAGCACGCACACGCUCGAUGCGCACGACGACUCGGUUGACCUCGCCUCGUCCUUCUACACCACCGAGCGCUCCGACGCAGCACCUCACAGCGCCGCACACCCAUCUACAAGCACAGCGGUCGCGGACGACGACGAUCUCAUGGAACCAGGCGCGCCGAGCCGCGAAGAAGGCCUACUGGACGAGAGGAUCCGUGCGCGCUAUAUCCAAGAGAUCGGCGACAUCUUUGCGACUUGA